AUAUUCAAAAUUAAGCUCGUGUGCAACGCGCAGGGAUCCGGAGAAGCACGAGCGCGCCAGAGCCAAUCAACGGUAGCCAUCCAUGUCAACUGCAGAUCUUCAUCCACCAAUUAAAAAUUGCCACGUCUUUUCACAUUCAAUUCCAGGCUUCCGGCUCAAAUAAAAAUUCCUUUCCUUGGGGGAUGGAGAAUAACAGACAGACACCGUUAAUCGAAUCCUAAACCAGUUCGAACUUGAAUUUUGCCUCCCUCUUAUAUAAAUUUCUGCUCCUUCGCUACCAACUCCAUAGAAAAAAAAUUCUAUAGCAAAUAUGGAGGCGGCUGGAAUAGUUUCCUCCCCUGUUCUUCGCUUCUCCGACGCCGGAGUCGAUAAUCGCUUUUUCAAAUUACCUUUCCGUCAACUGGGUAUGGUAAAUUCUAGAGUAUCAUUCAAAGCCAGAGAUGAUACAGGGAUUUUGAGUCGUGGAUUUUCUGAUUCUGGGCAUAUGCAAUACUAUGUGUCCCCAUCUAUGGGUGGAGGACAGAAGCAGAAGGAGAAGAGUAAAGAGAUAAAAACGGACAUGAAGAAAAAUUUGAAGUUGAUUAAAAGAUUGUCCAAAGACUUGGACUUUUUGGUUCGUACGGUAACUGUUGAAGAAUAUGGUAGCCGUUUGAUGCAUGAGGUCAAGGGGAAAACGCUUUCGGAGACAACGGAGGUUUUGCUUGCAGAACUGCAACAUCUGAGAUCAAAGCAAAACGAGCAAAAGAGAAAAAGAAAAGAAGAGAAAACCCGGCGGAAAGCCACAUUGGUCAAAGCCAAGGCCAAGAUUGAUGCUGGGUCAUCCUCCUCCUCCUCAAGCUCUUCAUCAGAGUCAAGCGACAGCGAUUGUGGAGUGGCAAUGGGCAUCAGCAGCCUCAGAAGCAAUGCUCUGAAGCAAUUUAUAGACCACGAAACAGAAGAGGAACAGGAGAAUAAUAAAGAACAAGCCACAUUGGCCGAAAUUAGUUCGUCAAAUCAAGAAGAGGAACAGGAGAAUAAUAAAGAACAAGCCACAUUGGCCGAAAUUAGUUCAUCGAAUCAAGAAGAGAACAACAGUUUCAGUCUUCAAAAUCUCGGAGGAGAUUGCUGCAAUGAGUGUAGCCGGUCAAACAACUCCAAUGAUCAUGAAAGUAGCGGCCUUGCGUCGGGCAGGAGGAUUGAGAUUUGCAUGGGGGGCAGGUGCAAGAAGUUGGGAGCAGUUGCAUUGUUGGAAGAAUUUGAGAGGAAGGUAGGAACGGAGGGUGCCGUAGUGGGGUGCAAGUGCAUGGGGAAAUGCAAGAACGGUCCUAAUGUGAGGAUUCAAAACGAGAGUGCAAAAGGUUCUGUGGAACCUCCAAUCAAUCCUCUAUCACUGUGCAGUAGAGUAGAACUGGAAGACGUAGAUGAGAUUGUUAGAAAUUUUCUGGGCAAAGACAGGAACGAUAAUUGUCUAAUGGCAUCCUCUUGAAGAGACCUGUUUAUUUUCUGAACAUUUCGCUAAUUGUGAGGAUUCAACAUUCGUUUUCUUAGGGUGAUUUCAUAUGUUGCCAGAGAAAUUUCAUACAAUUCAACAUUA